GGAUGUGGCGAGCGAGUGCUCAGGUGGGGAGGAAGGUGAUAUGCAUGGUUCGCAGACCGAUGUCUGUGAUAACACGGCGAGCGCGACAGAUAGCGCGACCAGCAACCUGGCUUGCGAGUAUGAUUGCUUGCUUGCUUGUUGUUGUUGCCUGUGUCUUGUUUGCGCAUGGCCCCGAGGUGGAACAUCGGUGGCGCGGGCAUGAGGCGACCAUCCACCUCAUGGGCCACCGUGGGUGGUAUGUGGCUAACUACAUGAUGGCUGCAUCUCGUUGGGAGGCAAGAACAAGAUGGGGCAUGCUCAAGGCUUAUGCCAAGCCGCUUGUUCUUCCCCAGGCCGCGUGGUGGCCUCUGAUUCACAAACGAGUCGAUGCUUGGGGUCCGAACUUGUACCGAAGCGACCUCUCGCCGCGGUGGCUCAACGAUACCCAUGACUUUGCCGUCCUCCUCGCCCACUGUGUUGUCCUGCCCAACGGGACGCUGGCUAAUGGUCGGAUCAUGGUUCAUUUUGAUGACUUGCCGCUGCAGGAUCCCGGCCGCUCUGCCGUUGACGAUCAGCUCGUCUGGCAGCAUCGUGUGCUCUCUGGCCACAAGGCGACUCGCGGGAGCGCUCGCCGGGCAAGAACGAUGAAGCUCGCCGGCAAUGAGCUGCUGCUCUCGUUUUUGCAUUUAGCAGGUCGGGCGUGCAUGAGCUCGAUCGGUGAGGCGGGGCGGAUGGUGUUUGCCGAGGUGCUUCCGGCGGUGGCAAGUGCGCUCGGUGUGGUGGUUGAUGAGUGGGGGUUUGCGCACACGGAGCUGCGCAUUGCGCUACCGCUCUGCCUACAUGCACCGCAUCGGGCGCCUGCGGUUGAUUUUGUACUGGAGGCCUUUGGCUUUAAGGUCCUUGGCUUGACACCGGCAAGCAUCUUGUGGGUACCGCGCGGGGUAGCCGUCCUCUCAUCGGCAGCGGUCUGGAUCCGGCAGGCGCCGCACAAGUUUGUGACGCACGAGACAAUGGCAGCAUGGCUUGCGGCCAUCCGCAAGACGUACGUGCCGCAGCUUGCGUCCGAAGCCGAGAUCCUCGGGGAGUACAACUACACCUCGUGCGUCGCGGUCUCUCUCGAGCGCCCGCUGGCCGGAUGGCUAGCGUCGUUCCGGGCGGCUGGCCGUGUGCCGGACGGGGUUGUCGAUGUGGGGCGCGAGCUUGAGCGGAGGCUUGAUGGGCGAUGCGAGAGCCACACCCUCGGGGCGCACGCGCUCACCGAGACGUCGGGUAAGGACGAAGUAGCCAGGGUUGUCGAGCUCCUUGCGCGGGCCAACGUUAUUGCCACUGCGUCCGAGUUCUGGGGCGGAUACGUCGACGACGACGCCGGUACGGCAGCGCGCCACACUGGCGACGUUGUUUGGGAGGCGUGGGCGCCGCUGCUCGCGACGCGGGAGAGUGGGUACCUGCUCGAUGUCGUGAGCUCGAGCUCGCCGUACAGCUACGCGACGUCGGACGGCUCUGCGCUCUUGAUCAACAAGGCUUUCUAUGACAUGCUGAUUGACGUGUGCAACGUUGCGGGCGGGACAGACGCAAUGAUUCGCGGCAUUGUGUAUGCGCCGUACUUUGGCCCGCCGGCGCAAUCUGUUCCGCGCGACGAGGCACGGUUCGCCGCGUUUGAAAGCGCGUUUGGUCCGUUUCCGCCGCACACCUGGGCCGACCUGCCCCAGUUUGUGGCGCGGGUGGCGGACUCAGUGGCGCCGGCCAUGGUGGUGGAUCCGAUGGCGGUGCAAAUGCUCCGUGAUCCGCGCGAGGUCUUGGCGCAAUACCCGGCAGUCGUCGGCCCGACGCCGCUGGCGACGUUUGAGCGGGAACGACCCAAGUCGACGGCCAAGUAUGACUCGCUGUAUGCUGACAAGGUUGUGCACCCAAACCACGCCGAUGUGAAUGGGCGGAUGGUGUGGCCGGUGGAGAACAACGCGUCGUGGGUGGUCUACAUCCCGGACGGGGCUGUGGGCGAGGACGGGCUGGUCUUUGACCGUGACUACGUCCUCAAUGUUGGGCUCACCGAUGCCGACGACCAAAUGGCGUACGCGUGGCGUAUGCGGUCGGAGGCGCGCGGGCCGCGGAUCCGGCCAAUGCUGCUGAGGGUGGAGGGCGUGGUGUACAACCUGGUCACGAACUGGUCCGAGCUCUACUUUCACUUUUGGGCCGAGACGGUGCCACGGUUGCUGCUUGGCGAGAGCCUUUGGCGCGACAACGACAAGAUGUGGAUCUACAUGUACGUCGGCUUUGGGUAUGUGCAGCAUGCGCUGGAGGUGAUCGGGCUCGGCGAGCGAGUGCUCCCGUUCUCGCACCACCAGGUGGUGCUCCCGUCAGACGGAGUGUACUUUGCACGGCCGUCGACUGUGUACUACAUUACCGCUGAGGGCGCCGCAGCGAUCUACAGGGCGUUCGCAGAGGAGACCGGGCUGAGCCGGGCGGCGGCGCGCGGGAGCCGGAACGAUCCGAUUGUGUACAUUCGGCGGACGGUGACGCGGCCUGCGGUCAACGACGCCGAGGUCCUCGAGCUGCUGCAGAGCAAGUAUGGCUCGCAGCUGGUGGUGUUUGACGAUUCGGAGCCACUGACACUCGAGGAUACGAUCUCGCUGUUUUCGCGGGCCGGAAUGGUGUUUGGCACCUCGGGCGCCGGCAUGGUCAAUCUUGUCUUUACGCCGCCGUCGCAAAAGGUGGCGCUUGUAGAGAACAUUGCAGCGGGUGACAUGUGCCUCUGCCACUACCACACGGCGACGGCCGUGGGUGGGCGGCACUACUUUCUGUUUGAUGCCACGUCGACGGAAAAGUACGCGCCGCAGACGGUCGACGUCGACGAGUUGGGAGUUCUGCUGGAUCUUGCGUGGAGCGAGCGGCUGGAGCGGCUGGCGACCGAGCUGUAGCAAGCGGGCGGGCGGAGGCGUGCGCAUGCGGGUGAAGGCCAGUAGCUGCUAUUCCCUUUCUUUGAUGUCGAUCAACGAGCAAGACGGCACGAGGAGGCGGCGUGCUGGGGGCGCCGCGGCUCCGCGCCCGUGUUGGCGAGACGGGGUGCGCUCACGAAGCACGAGUGGCCGAGGGCGCGGCCGAUGACGAAGCGGCGGCGGCGGUCGGCUCCGGGGUGGAUUGGGUGGCGGAGGUGCGUGGGGUGGGAGGCGGGGUGGACCACUCGGGCACAACGUUCCUGGGGGUCUUUGCGCGAGCGCGCGAAGCGUGCGGGUCCUCGAUGCAGCCGGUGGCGAGGUAGUGGUCGAGCUGAGACGAGGCCGCGAGGAGGAGGCCGAGGAAGGGCGGUGACGGCACGAGCGGGCGAGUGGUGUACUCGGGAUGGAACUGGGUGGCAAAGUAGAAGGGAUGGCUCUUGAGCUCGACGAUUUCCAUGCGGCGGUUCUCGUCGCCCUUGCCGGAAAAGACCAGCUCGCCCUUGGCCUCGAGGCGGUCGAUGUACUCGGGGUUGACCUCGUAGCGGUGGCGGUGGCGCUCGUAAACGAUGUCGGUGCCGUA